AUGAUAGACUUGAAAGUCUCACCGCUAACAAAGAUCAUUUCUCUUUCAGGGUUCCUGGCACUGGGGUUCCUUUUGGUCAUACUAAGUUGCGCAUUAUUCCAUAAUUACUACCCAUUAUUUGACAUCUUGAUCUUUUUACUGGCCCCCAUUCCAAAUACCCUUUUCAAUACAGGUAAUCAGUACCAUACAUCCGACUUCAUGUCGGAUUCGUCGAACACUGGCCAGGAUCUAGCUCAUUUUCUGACAGGGAUGCUGGUGACAAGUGGUGUGGCGCUGCCUGUCGUCUUCUACCAUUGCCAAUUGAUCGGCCAUCUAAGCUGCAUCAUGUGCAUGACCGGUGGUCUUAUCAUAUAUUCCAGUAUUGUUAUUUUCAAGUGGUUUUUCAAGAAGGAUUUCAAUGAAGAUGACUCCCUUUUCGGUUAA